AUGGAAGCUCAGCAACAGAAGUCCGGGAAGCCCUGGAGCGGCACAAAUCGCAUCCCCAACAUCAAGGAGUUUGUUGCAAAUCUUGACAAGGGCAAAACUGAAAGAGACAAGGCUAUCAAUGCACAGAAGCUUUCCGAAGAGGCCCAACAAUAUUCUGCUGAAGUUACUCCGCACAAAAAUGAAAAACAAAAGAAAGGUGGCCAGACUGUGACAGAUCCAGUCACCGGUAAUCAAGUGGUCAUUGCAGAUGUUGGGAAGGAGUACAUGAAAAGGGCCGACAAUCCCCAGCUCUCGGUGCCAAACGCAAACCUGGGCAAACCUACCACAGUAGCGACGGAUCCUACUCAGAAGAAUCCCGAGUAUAAGGAAAAGCAGGACAUCACUGCCCCUCCAGACCCGAUCGCUGAAGGCAGCACUUCUGACGUUCCCAUUCAUGGAGAAAAGACCAAUAUCCUGUUCCACCCCACCCCUUCGGUCAGCUAUGAGCCGAUGUUUGAGCUUCUUGAGAAUCGUGCCGGUGGGCUGUGCAUUGCCAUUCUCAUCUCCAUUGUCAUCUUUGGCAAGAUGUUUGGUGGCUCUCUCAAGGGAUUGAUUCCACUAGGGAUGUGCGUCUCCUCCGCCGUCUGGUUGUGGAUGAAAGAAGUUGUACGAAGUGGCCGUGAGGUGGAAUGGAGCAGUGAGCAGAGCAGGGGGCAAACGGCUGUGGCAAACCUUCUCCCUGAGUCAGUCGAAUGGAUGAACACCUUUCUGGGCGUUGUUUGGGGCUUGAUCAACCCGGAUAUGUUUGCUGCUGUGGCAGAUACUCUGGAAGAUGUCAUGCAAGCAUCUGUUCCUGCUGUCAUCAACAAUGUCAGAGUGGCCGAGAUCGAUCAAGGCAGCAACCCUAUUCGAAUUCUCAGUUUGCGAGCUCUGCCUGACUCGAAGAUGCACGAGCUCAAGCAGAGCAUCCAUGAAGAAAAUAAAAAGACGAAAGACCCACAAGAAGCUGCAGCGGACGAGGAAGGUGGUGACUACUACAACCUCGAAAUUGCUUUUGCAUAUCACGCCAAACCCGCCGGUGAUCGUGCUUCUGCGGCUUCAAGAGCAAGGAACAUGCAUAUGAACCUUGUCUUCUAUCUCGGUAUCAAGGGCCUCAUUGGGGUCCCUCUACCAAUCUUUGUUGAGCUUCAAGAGCUUGUUGGAACCGUGCGCUUGCGACUGCAGAUGACUCCUGAGCCACCUUUCGCAAAGAGUCUUACCUUUACUCUCAUGGGCGUUCCCCAUGUGCAGGCAGGCUGCAUUCCGAUGGUACAGAAAGGGGUUAAUAUCCUCAACCUGCCAUUGAUAUCAAACUUCGUCAACUACGCGAUCGGCGCAGCGGCAAGCAUGUAUGUUGCUCCAAAGUCGAUGCAGCUCGACCUUAAGUCCAUGCUGCAAGGAGACGAUAUCACCAAAGACACACAGGCCAUGGGAGUAAUGUGGAUUCGGAUCCAUCGCGCCAUCGGCCUCAGCAAGCAAGAUCGCCGUGGUAGCAAAUAUGGUGGAAGCGACCCCUAUAUCAAUCUGUCCUUCUCCAAAUAUGGAAAGCCAAUGUAUUGCACUCGUGUCAUCACGGACGACCUCAACCCUGUCUGGGAAGAAACUGCCGCUCUUCUUGUCACCCCUGAGCUCAUCAAGGCCGAUGAACAACUAAGCGUCGAAUUGUGGGACUCAGACCGCAACUCUUCAGAUGACAUGGUGGGCAAAGUCGAGUUGUCGAUGCAGAAAAUGAUUCAGCAUCCAGGUAAAAUGUAUCCUCAGAUCUCAAAACUCGCCGGCACUCAGCAAGGAAGCGAGAUGCCGGGUGAGCUGCACUGGGAAGUAGGCUAUUUUGGCAAGCCCAAGUUUCGACCUGCUCUUCGCACCGACGGCAAGGACAAGAACCUUCCAGAGGGGCUCCAGCAUGACGAGAGGCUCCAAGAUGAGAAGGGUGUCAUUGACUCCGAAGACGCAGAUGCCGUGGCACAUACUCCUCCUGAUCCGUUGUGGCCUAGCGGCAUCUGUAGCGUUAUCAUCCACCAAAUUGUCAGCCUCGAACUCGAGAACAUCAAAGGGAGUGAUGGCAAUCGGAAAGGUAAAGAGUUUGAGCCCGCCAAGCCCUACGGUGAGAGUACCGAGGAAGAGAGCAUCAAACUCCCAACCUCUUACUGUACCAUUCUGUUUAAUGACACACUAGUUUACCGCACUCGAGCAAAGGCUGUCAGCAGCAAACCCAUCUUCAACGCUGGCACGGAGCGCUUUAUGCGUGACUGGAGGUCUGGGAUAGUCACAAUCACCGUUCGUGAUCAGCGCAACCGAGAGCACGACCCUAUCUUAGGUGUUGUGCCCCUUCGCUUAUCAGACAUCCUCACCACGAGCUCCCAAGUGACCAGGUGGUACCCUCUGGACGGGGGUAUUGGAUUCGGCCGGAUCAGGAUUUCGCUGCUCUUCCGAAGUGUGGAGACCCGACUUCCUCCCAACAUGCUGGGUUGGGAUGUUGGCACCUUCGAAUUCAUUUCAGACAGAAUCGUGGCCACGGGUUGGAAUGCAAACUCCAAGCUUAAACUCCGUACAGGCGGCAGUGUCGGCAAAAUCCCUCGGACACAAUGCCACAACAACGAAGGGGGUGAUGGUGUUUACUUCGAUGUUUCUAGUGAGAACAACAACCAUGUCCGUCUUCCUGUCAAGUACCGAUACCGAUCGCCCGUGAUUUUCGAGUUCCACGUGACAGCAAUCGAUAUUCCCAUUUGGACUACCAAGAAUGGUAACCGGCUCGUCCAAAAUUACAUUACUGAAGAGAACGUCAAGGCGUUUAUGGAAAAAGGCUUGGAGGACUUGAAGGAGGUUGGCCGCCUUCAGUUCCGAGGUCGAUUUAAGGCCGGCAUGGACGAGUCGCACCGAGACUUCAUUGUGGACAACAAUAGCCGAGAGACGUAUGAGACAUUCGAGGCUUGCUUGACCGAAGGCGUGCGUGAGCGAGUUGUACAAGGCGAAGUGCCAGAGAACAUCCAGGAAUUGCACGACGCCUCCCUGAAAGAGGGUCGCGACAUCCUCACCCAAGAAGCAUCGGAGAAAGAGAAGCGCAAAUGGCUCAGCAAGACCGGCGAAGACUGGUCUGGGGCAUUCAGUCAUGAUCCGAGGGCAUAUACCAACAAAACUCAUGAAAAGAUUGCCGAGCCCGGUGUUGAUGAGCCUCCCCACGAUCCAUAUAAUCCCUCAGAUAACGAUGAUGACGACGCUGAGCCGAUCGAUGAUGAUUCGUCAGAUCUAGGCAUCACUGAUGCCACCAACGUUCCGGAGGGGGCAUUCAACAAAGACCCCAAGCAUGUCGAUGGCCUCGAUGGCCCAAACGGGCAUACUGAGGACGUUAAUGGGCGACCGAGUGCUGAUACCAUGGCGACAGGCGAAACCGGCUACACGACCAUGACCGAAGCCUCGACAAACUCCGUCCAGCCCGUGCAGAAGAGAGACAGUGGUUUCGAGAAGAAGGCUGGAAAACGAUCGGAAGAGCGCAAGCAUCGAGGUCUGUCACAAUGGACACCCGCGAGAAACGUCAAGUUUGCCAAAGAUGAAGCAAAGAUUGGAAUGAGCAAAAUCAAGAAGCGGUUCACAGGCGGGCUUGGUGGAAGAGAGCCUGGCGUCGAAACCGAGGCUUGA